UUAUACAAAAAGCCUUAAAUAAUGAUUGAAUUGUCUUCACUUAAUGGUACCCAUGGAAAGAAGAAAUUUGACGGGUACGAUCAGGAGACGUUUGACAUAUUCCGUCAAUAUGAGGUAUAAGCCAAUAUAUUAAUUAAUCAGUAUAUGCAUAUUGUUGUUUUAAGUUCGUAGUAAUUUUCAGUACUUUCAAUGUACGAAAUUAAGAUUUAAAAAGGGAACUCCAGCUAACAGAGUGCAUACAGGCAUCUGCAAUGUCAAAUUAUUAAUGUUACUAGAGUAUAAACUACUGUAUAGAUGGAAAAGAACCAUUUAAUACCGUUCCGUAGAUCAAAGUUUUCAUUACUGGUAACAAACGCCAAGAUUUUACCAGAGGCAAGUCCUAAUUAUUUUCAAAACAAAACAGGGAUGCCCUUAGCAGCAACUAGAUCUGUCAUUUCAAAUGUAUUGUCAAAUGUGUCACUCCGAAAGCAGUUUUCUCAUGUAGGAUUACGCCAUUACUCAAACCCGUUUAUUCACCAGUGAUGCCAGAUGCGUCUGCUUUGAUGCCCGCUGCAAAACACUUAUCUCUGAUGUUGCCAACACAAGUGCUGGCAUGUUCAGCUAAACUAGAGGUUUCACUUGUAGAUACAUCAAUGGUACAGCAGUCCCGAGCAUACAUAUCUGUACACAGGGCAAGUUUUGCAUUUUUGGUGUUAGCAACGGCAGGUCAGAUAUCCUUCGUGGCACCAGAGUUGAUAUCUGUGGUUUUGGAUACAGAGAAUGCACAUGAGGCAACGGCUAGAGCAAUGCCGCUUAUGCGAAAUGUAGCGACAGAAUUCCCAGUGAAGGAGUCCAAGAUUUCACAAAUGAAAAUAUCUAUGUCACAAAUGAUGAAAGGGUUUCUGAUGCUUAUAUCCAAAGCUAGACAGGCAUCCGCAUUCGAGACUUUCCCGAAGUUCAUUAUUAGCAUGGUACUGGAAUCGACAGUGUCACCAGUUAUGACAUCAGAACUGGCGUCUGCAGAUGGACAGAUUCUUCCGUCUGCAGUGUUGUUACUGAUGCUAGAGCCAGUUGCAACGAAGUUUCCAGCGAAAGCAAUGGUCACGCCAGAGACAACAUCAAUGAGAAUUGAUUUAGCAACACUGAUCACCACAGCUAGUGCAAUGUUUGCAUCCAAAGAUUUGCAAACAUCAAUAAUGUCGCCAGGACUGAUGUCUGCAGCCAUACCUUCUAAAGUCUCAGCAACUACAGCAGUACCCUCUCUGAAGAUGUGUGCCACCAGAACAGAUACCACAUGCACUUUAUCGCAAUUGUGGUUAGAAUCGCUGGUGUCCCCAACAAGGAAAUGUCUGUCAUAUGUAGAAGUAGCAUCAAGAUUGGAUGUUUCGCUACAGUCAAGAAUGGACGUGUCGCUACCGACAGGAAUGGACGUGUCGCUACCGUCAAGAAUGGACAUGUCGCUACCGUCAAGAAUAGAUGUGUUGCCGGCUUUAUCUUCGACUUGCCCUUUGGUUUUAUACAAAAAGCCUUAAAUAAUGAUUGAAUUGUCUUCACUUAAUGGUACCCAUGGAAAGAAGAAAUUUGACGGGUACGAUCAGGAGACGUUUGACAUAUUCCGUCAAAAUGAGGUAUAAGCCAAUAUGUUAAUUAAUCAGUACAUGCAUAUUGUUGUUUCAAGUUCGUAGUAAUUUUCAGUACUUUCAAUUAACGAAAUUAAGAUUUUAAAAGGGAACUCCAGCUAACAGAGUGCAUACAGGCAUGUGCAAUAUCAAAUUAUUAAUGUUACUAGAGUAUAAACUACUGUAUAGGUGGAAAAGAACCUUUUAAUACCGUUCUGUAGAUCAAAGUUUUCAUUUCUGGUAACAAACGCCAAGAUUUUACCAGAGGCAAGUCCUUAUUAUUUUCAAAACACAACAGGGAUGCCAUUAGCAGCAACUAGAUCUGCCAUUUCAAAUGUAUUGUCAAAUGUGGUCACUCCGAAAACAGUUUUCUCAUGUAGAUUACGCUAUUACUCAAACCCGUUUACUCACCAGUGAUGCCAGAUGCAUCUGCUUUGAUGCCCGCUGUAAAACACUUAUCUCUGGUGUUGCCAACACAAGUGCUGGCAUGUUCAGCUAAACUAGAGGUUUCAUUUGUAGAUACAUCAAUGGUACAGCAAUCCCGAGCAUACAUAUCUGCACAUAGGGCAAGUUUUGCAUUUUUGAUGUUAGCAACGGCAGGUCUGAUAUCCUUGGUGGCACCAGAGUUGAUAUCUGUGGUUUUGGAUACAGUGAAUGCACAUAAGGCAACGGCUAGAGCAAUGUCGCUUAUGCGAAAUGUAGCGACAGAAUUCCCAGUGAAGGAGUCCAAGAUUUCACAAAUGACAAUAUCUAUGUCACAAAUGAUGAAAGGGUUUCUGAUGCUUAUAUCCAAAGCUAGACAGGCAUCCGCAUUCAAGACUUUGCCGAAGUUCAUUAUCAGCAUGGUACUGGAUUCGACAGUGUCACCAGUUAUGACAUCAGAACUGGCGUCUGCAGAUGGACAGAUUCUUCCGUCUGCAGUGUUGUUACUGAUGGCAGAGCCAGUUGCAACGAAGCUUCCAGCGAAAGCAAUGGUCACGCCAGCGACAACAUCAAUGAGAAUUAAUUUAGCAACACUGAUCACCACAGGUAGCGCAAUGUUUGCAUCCAAUGAUUUGCAAACAUCAAUAAUGUCGCCAGGACUGAUGUGUGCAGUCAUACCUUCUAAAGUCUCAGCAACUACAGCAGUGCCCUCUCUGAAGAUGCGUGCCACCAGAACAGAUACCACAUGCACUUUAUCGCAAUUGUGGUUAGAAUCGCUGGUGUCGCCAACAAGGAAAUGUCUGUCAUAUGUAGAAGUAGCGCCAAGAGUGGAUGUUUCGCUACAGUCAAGAAUGGACGUGUCGCUACCGACAGGAAUGGACGUGUCGCUACCGUCAACAAUGGACGUGUCGCUACCGUCAACAAUGGACGUGUCUCUUUCAUCUUCGACUUGCCCUGUGGUUUUAUACAAAAAGCCUCAAGUAAUGAUUGAAUUGUCUUCACCCAAGCACCAUACAGAUACUAAACCUGACAUCUACCAAGCUUCUGAGAUGCAAACUGGUACACAUGGAAAGAAGAAAUUUGACGGGUACGAUCAGGAGACGUUUGACAUAUUCCGUCAAAAUGAGGUAUAAGCCAAUAUGUUAAUUAAUCAGUACAUGCAUAUUGUUGUUUUAAGUUCGUAGUAAUUAUCAGUACUUUCAAUUAACGAAAUUAAGAUUUUAAUAGGGAACUCCAGCUAACAGAGUGCAUACAGGCAUGUGCAAUAUCAAAUUAUUAAUGUUACUAGAGUAUAAACUACUGUGUAGAUGGAAAAGAACCAUUUAAUACCGUUCCGUAGAUCAAAGUUUUCAUUACUGGUAACAAACGCCAAGAUUUUACCAGCGGCAAGUCCUUAUUAUUUUCAAAACAAAACAGGGAUGCCCUUAGCAGCAACUAGAUCUGCCAUUUCAAAUGUAUUGUCAAAUGUGUCACUCCGAAAGCAGUUUUCUCAUGUAGGAUUACGCCAUUACUCAAACCCGUUUACUCUCCAGUGAUGCCAGAUGCGUCUGCUUUGAUGCCCGCUGCAAAACACUUAUCUCUGGUGUUGCCAAUACAAGUGCUGGCAUGUUCAGCUAAACUAGAGGUUUCAUUUGUAGAUACAUCAAUGGUACAGCAAUCCCGAGCAUACAUAUCCACACAUAGGGCAAGUUUUGCAUUUAUGGUGUUAGCAACGGCAGGUCUGAUAUCCUUGGUGGCACCAGAGUUGAUAUCUGGUUUUGGAUACAGCGAAUGAACAUGAGGCAACGGCUACAGCAAUGUCGCUUAUGCUAAAUGUAGCGACAAAAUUCCCAGUGAAGGAGUCCAAGAUUUCACAGAUGACAACAGUUAUGUCACAAAUGAUGAAAGGGUUUCUGAUGCUUAUAUCCAAAGCUAGACAGACAUCGGCAUUCGAGACUUUCCCGAAGUUCAUUAUUAGCAUGGUACUGGAAUCGACAGUGUCACCAGUUAUGACAUCAGAACUGGCGUCUGCAGAUGGACAGAUUCUUCCGUCUGUAGUGUUGUUACUGAUGGUAGAGCCAGAUGCAACGAAGUUUGCAGCGACAGAAAUGGUCACGCCAGCGACACCAUCAAUGUGAAUUGAUUUGGCAACACUGAUCACCACAACUAGGGCAAUGUUUGCAUCCAAAGAUUUGCAAACAUCAAUAGUGUCGCCAGGACUGAUGUCUGCAGCCAUACCUUCUAAAGUCUCAGCAACUACAGCAGUGCCCUCUCUGAAGAUGUGUGCCACCAGAACAGAUACCACAUGCACUUUAUCGCAAUUGUGGUUAGAAUCGCUGGUGUCCCCAACAAGGAAAUGUCUGUCAUAUGUAGAAGUAGCGUCAAGAUUGGAUGUUUCGCUACAGUCAAGAAUGGACGUGUCGCUACCGUCAGGAAUGGACGUGUCGCUACCGUCAACAAUGGACAUGUCGCUACCGUCAAGAAUAGAUGUGUUACCGGCUUUAUCUUCGACUUGCCCUUUAGUUUGAUACAAAAUUUAUUUAUUUAUCUAUUUGGGUUUUACGGCGCACCAACACAGUAUACAAAAAAGCCUUAAGUAAUGAUUGAAUUGUCUCCACUCAAGCACCAUACAUAUACUAAACAUGACAUCCGUCAAGCUUCUGAGAUGAAAAUUGCUACCCAUGGAAAGAAGAAAUUAGACGGGUAUUAAUUAAUCAGUACAUGCAUAUUGUUGUUUUAAGUUCGUAGUAAUUUUCAGUACUUUCAAUUAACGAAAUUAAGAUCUUAAAAGGGAACUCCAGCUAACAGAGUGCAUACAGGCAUGUGCAAUAUCAAAUUAUUAAUGUUACUAGAGUAUAAACUACUGUAUAGGUGGAAAAGAACCCUUUAAUACCGUUCCGUAGAUCAAAGUUUUCAUUGCUGGUAACAAACGCCAAGAUUUUACCAGAGGCAAGUCCUUAUUAUUUUUAAAACAAAACAGGGAUGCCAUUAGCAGCAACUAGAUCUGCCAUUUCAAAUGUAUUGUCAAAUGUGGUCACUCCGAAAGCAGUUUUCUCAUGUAGUAUUACGCCAUUACUCAAACCCGUUUAUUCACCAGUGAUGCCAGAUGCGUCUGCUUUGAUGCCCGCUGCAAAACACUUAUCACUGAUGUUGCCAAUACAAGUGCUGGCAUGUUCAGCUAAACUAGAGGUUUCAUUUGUAGAUACAUCAAUGGUACAGCAAUCCCAAGCAUACAUAUCUGCACAUAGGGCAAGCUUUGCAUCUUUGGUGUUAGCAACGGCAUGUCAGAUAUCCUUGGUGGCACCGGAGUUGAUAUCUGUGGUUUUGGAUACAGUGAAUGCACAUGUGGCAACGGCUAGAGCAAUGUCGCUUAUACUAAAUGUAGCGACAGAAUUCUCAGUGAAGGAGUCCAAGAAUUCAAAAUGACAAUAUCUAUGUAACAAAUGAUGAAAGGGUUUCUGAUGCUUAUAUCCAAAGCUAGACAGGCAUCUGUAUUCGAGACUUUCCCGAAGUUCAUUAUUAGCAUGGUACUGGAAUCGGCAGUGUCACCAGUUAUGACAUCAGAACUGGCGUCUGCAGAUGGACAGAUUCUUCGGUCUGCAGUGUUGUUACCGAUGGUAGAGCCUGUUGUAACGCACUUUGCAGCGACAGAAAUGGUCACGCCAGUGACAACAUCAAUGAGAAUUGAUUUAGCAACACUUAUAAUCACUGCUAUCGCAAUGUUUGCAUCCAAAGAACUGCAAACAUCAAUAAUGUCGCCAGGAGUGAUGUCUGCAGUCAUACCUUCUAAAGUCUCAGCAAAUUUAGCAGUGCCCUCUCUGAUGAUGUGUGCCAUCAGAACAGAUACCACAUGCACUAUAUCACAACUGUGGUUAGAAUCACUGGUGUCCCCAACAAGGAAAUGUCUGCCAUAUGUAGAAGUAGCGUCAAGAAUGGACGUGUCGAUACCGUCAGGAAUGGACGUGUUGCUACCGUCAACAAUGGACGUGUCGCUUUUAUCUUCGACUUGCCCUUUGGUUUUUUACAAAAAGCCUCAAGUAAUGAUUGAAUUGUCUUCACUCAAGCACCAUAUAGAUACUAAACCUGACAUCCGCCAAACUUCUGAGAUGAAGACUGGUACCCAUGGAAAGAAGAAAUUUGACGGGAACGAUCAGGAGACUUUGACAUAUUCCGUCAAAAUGAGGUAUAAGCCAAUAUGUUAAUUAAUCAGUACAUGCAUAUUGUUGUUUUAAGUUCGUAGUAAUUUUCAGUACUUUCAAUUAACGAAAUUAAGAUUUUAAAAGGGAACUCCAGCUAACAGUGUGCAUACAGGCAUGUGCAAUAUCAAAUUAUUAAUGUUACUAGAGUAUAAACUACUGUACAGGUGGAAAAGUUCGCGAUGUGGAAAUGUUCGCGUAUUCGCUAAAAUAUCAACCAGCGUAAAUUUCCACGUUCGCCAAGACAUGCCAUUAUAAUUAAGUAAAUAUAAACAAGUUUAGCUUUUAUUAGCCUUUACACUUCAGUUUUCGGUGAUUCUCGAAUAUUUCCGCUCACAAAACGUCUGGAAUCGGCAAUUCGCGAACUUUUUCAUAUCAACUUAGGCGAAAACACUCGGAUAUUAAAAUUUAUUAUUCGGACAUAUUUACAAUUUCUAUUUGUGACACUCUUUGAGUAUUUCACAUUUUUAUUUAGAGUAUUUGACAUUUUAGCUGUGUGUUCUGUCUAGUCUAUUCAGUAAAGCAAUUUAGUAUUUUAACAACAGAAAGUUCGAACAAGGAGAUGAUACAGAUAUAUCUGUUUUGUAUAGACACAGGAAUUGGCAGAGAGAUCUGGAUAUUACAUGAAGGACUCUCGCUUUGUAUGAAGCUUAUUUCUGAGACAUGUGCACUAUACAGAAACCUUAAGAACGAGUCUCAUCAGGGGGUUCUGACGAAAUAUUGUACAGAAGAGUAAGUUCUCAAAGAACUUAUUAAAUAUUUUGCAAGAGAUCAGAGACAACGCAGACACCAUUCAAUAUCCAGAACAACCUACGGACAGACUGCAAGAGAUUAGUAACUUACGUGAUUCAUCUAUGAAGGACAACGCUGAUUGUAACUUGGAGCUGCAGUAAAACGUGUAGUGGUGAAGAGACUUCCCCUAGAUACUAUCCAGUGAUAGAUGGUUCGCCCCGUUGUCAGGGUAACUCCAAGAGAUAGCCCUUCGAAGGCUAUAGUUUUCAAACAUACAGAAUCAUGCGUGAUUCAGAGGUAAUUAAGGGCUUGAUUUUGGUUUUGGGCUAGAAUGCUAGCAACCAAUAAACAGUUUAAUGGUAUUGUAACCAGAAAUAUAUUUUUAGGUACAUGUAUAUAAAUGUCAACUUUCAUUUAACUCUUACCCUGAUAAAUUUCUUUAAUGAACUUGUCCAUCUUUCAGUUUGGGCAGUACCAUAAACUGUUAAAAGGGGUGCUUACCAAAUAUUUCAGGCUGGUCAUGAUCUACACUGGUCGCAAAGGCAGAAUCCAUCGUGUCCAGCAUGAGAUUCCACUGUGGGCUUCGUGAAGACCUAACAUUUCCAGCAAAAAGACCAUGUAUGGCACAUUUAAGGGCACAACACAGCGGAAUUUCGAAGAUGAUGGCAUGGUUAUUGGAAGAAAAUAAAAUCUGGAAAGAAGAUCCCUCGGAAGCACCGAGAACAAGGCAAACAGUGAAAAUUGCAGGCUCGGUUAGAUUGAGUCUGUUCACGGGCAUUAAUGGAAAAUGCAACACUGCCCACGCCCCCGAGCACUGGCUUAAGCAGUAUUCAAUCUUCAAAUCUAAAUGAAUAGAAAUCAAUGAUCUCAAAGGGCCAGAAAAUAUAACAACACUGAGAAUGAAGUCGGGGCGACUUUUUACGGCCGCCACAAAUCACUUAACACCCGAUGUUGUGAAGUAAAUAAAAUCUGGAAAGAAGAUCCUUCGGAAGCACCGAGAAACCCCACAAAUAUUGCAGCCAAACAAUCCAGGGACCCUGACAUUGCUCCUAUUCUCCAGGCUAAAGAAGAAAAUCAAAGGCCUGACCGUGAAGAGAUGGAGUAUGGUUGACAGACAUUUUUGGAUUUUAUGGGAUGAGCUUUGCCUUAAGGAUGGAGUCUUGUGUAAAUCUUUCCGAUACAAAAUGGAACUGGUGACUACACAUAGUUGGUAGCUCUAAAGGAGCUGCACUCGGAUAUUCUGUGCCUCAUGAAUAGUAGUGUUUUACCGGGUCACCUAGGUGUUAAGAAAACUAAGGAGAAAGUCUCACAGCUGUAUUACUGGUUCAAUAUGAAGGAGUCCAUUAAAUGGUACAUAAAGAAAUGUAAUGUCUUUGCCGCUGAUAAAGUACUCAUUAAAACACCAAAGGCCCCAAUGGGUCAUCUUCGUGCUGGUGCACCCUGGGAUACCCUCGCCCUAGAUUACUCGAACAUCACGUGGCAACAGGUACAUAUUGGUUAAGUGACCAUUUUACUAAGUAUGUUGAGAUUUUUGCAGGGCUAAACUAACAAGCAGAAGACUGCGCUCUAGAAUUAUCAAUGAUUUUAUCGCUAGGUUGGGUACACCUCUGAAAAUCCAUACUGAUCAAGGCCCAACCUUUGACAGCAAAGUGUUCCGGGAAAUGUGCAAUUUAUUACAAGUAAAGAAGACGAGAACAAGCCCAAGGAAACCGGCCUGUAAUGGCCAGACGGAAAGGUACAACCGUACAUUGCUGAAGACGAUACGUGCAUACCUGGCUGAGGAACAGUAAUACUGGGAUUUGUUCCUAAGUUGCCUUGCAGAAACAUACCUUUGGACUCCAAAUGAGUCCCCUCACGGCAUGUACCCCCGAAGGCCAUGUACCUCCCUAUUUUGAUUAUGUAGAGAGCAUAAGAGAGCGCAUGCUGCACGCCCCCACGAGGCAAGAAAGUAUCUAAAAACAGUGCGAAUCGAAGCAAAGAAAUAUGUGAUACAAAAGUUGUAUUUCAUAAUUAUAAACCAGGUGAUUUCAUCUGGUGUGCAUGAAACCAGGAAAGUUGGCGUCACUCCUAAACUUGAGAAACGGAAUAACGGUCAGUUUAUUGUUAUAAAGACAGUUUCCCCAGUGAAUUUUGUAAUUCAAACUGACAAGUAUGGGUCGUCAAAAGUGAUGCACCAUAACAAGCUGAAACCUUACGAAGGAGACAGUCAUCCUAAAUAGGCACUCAGUUUGUCUAAAAAAACGUAAGAAGAAGAAACGUAAGGUGAUAUCACUAAACUAUCCAGUUAGACUAGCGCUUUCAUCUGGGGAAACAUCAAUCUUACAACAACCCCUAACAAAGAUAUCUGCAGAUAGGCCAUGUUUUGUAUCUGUAUCUUAAGUAUUAGGAACGGGAGAUCAGAAAUCCUUGGUUGGACCAGUGUUGAGAUUUGUGGUUUUAGAUAAAGUAGAAGAUACACUGACACAUGUUUCAAUAGCUACAGCAAUUUCACGAGUGUUGAAGGUAUCGUUCGAAUUCCCAGUAAUGAGCCGCUGUGUAAUGGCCAUAUCUACGUAGUUGCAAAUGAUAAAAGAGUUUCUGAUCCCAAGAGCUGAACAGGUUUCCACAUCUAAUGUAUUACCGAAGUUCAUUUGCCAACAUGGUAUUUGUGUCGGCAGUGAAACCAGUAAUAACAUCUGAAUAAAACAUGCUUCCAUCCGCUGGGUUAUUAACUUAUGAAUAACGGAUCCACAUUUACCUAAGUAUGUAUCGGGAGCAAUGGAAAUGCUGGCGAUAUUGUCAAUGAUACACAGCUAAUGCAAUGUUUGCAUCUCAAAAGCUGCUAAUAUUAAUACAGAUGGCAACAUUGAUAUCUACUUCCAUCCACGAUGAUGUUAACAAAGACGGAGCCACACGAAGUCUUUCCCGUAAUAUAAUCAAUAAGAGUUGAUUACCAACACAAACCAAAGGAAUACCAAUAUGAAUAAAGUGGAACUGUGAAAAUUUUUUUUGAUGUUAUGUAAUAAAUCACUUAUUACGCUUUGCAAUUGAGUUUGCCCUUUACAGAUAUAAUGUCUCAUCGAAAAGCCAAUAGUCAGUUACUGUACUCACCUGUCACAUUUACAUUUAUCUCGAUAUAAAUUCUGACUCCGCCCUUCAGUUAAACAGCCUAGUGAAUACGUUAUAGAGCCAUCUUAUGUAACCAUGCCGCGAGGUAAAAAGUACAGCAGUGAUGUUAGUCAAAUAACUGUGAAUAAGAUUAAAGAUAGAUAGAAUGGAUACGUUUUAGUCAAAGUAAUUUGACGCGAUCUUUUCAUAUGGGCAAUAUCCCCACUCGCGUCAUCAAAAAAUAGUUGAAGCAAUUUCCCAUGAAAUUUUCUUCGCUGCCGACGCGUUACAUGCUAUAGGUAUAAAUGUCGAUUAUAUCACGAAUUGGCCAUAAAUUCAAAUAAAACUUGUAUCGAAAGGGGAUUCAAUUCCUCAUUGAUUUAUGUAAAAAUUAUCAAAUAAUAUGUAAAAUUAUGAUUUUUUCUGGGGACUUAAACCUAUGUAUGUACUGUACACGAUUAACGUUUACCGUGUGUACUCACCAUGCGCAAGCGAUAAAACUGUGAUUUAUCUUGCAUUAUUUUGGUCCUUCAAAGUUUUCACGUUUAGAUUGCCCGUCACAAAUAUAAAACAAGCUGAACGUCGGAUUAUUUUGACUAGCGCCAAACAUAAAAAAAACACAUGUUUAUAUUAAGUGAUUGCAACAUUAGAACGGUUUGGUCGCGACGAUUAGUGUCCUUUUACCUUUGACCUGACUUGAUGACCUAUACCUUUAACCUACCGAACCGGUUCCUGUAUUCCUAUUCUUAGAAAACGAUGAAAAUUCCUCGGUGUGAUGUCAACAUAAGUGUUCUCAUCGUCUAGAAACGUGUAACGUUUCACGAAAUCUAACUUAUUCAGUUGCGGAACUUCUUCGCGCAGAUAGUCCAGAAAAAAACACCAAAAAUUCAUUUCAUAUAAUUUAGAAUACGCGCAAUCAAUUAAGCUACAUCUCUGCGACCCAUGAUAUUGAAAAUGGAUUUUAAUAUCUACGAUAUCACUUUGACCUUUCAAGUCCCAGUAUAAUAUCGAUUUGAAUUAUUCGGAAAGGGCAAACUCAGUUGCAAAGCGUAUUAUUGAAUGGCUAGCCAGUCACUGAUCAAAAUUAUUAGCCCUCGGUUUGCAGACCUCGGACAACAGUUUUGGCUGUUGUUGUACACGCCAGUCAAUAAAUGUAUACUAUUGCCCGAGGUCCAUAGGCAAGUCAUUCAAUAAGUGUUUUAUAACAUGACAUUAGAAAUUAUUUCUUAUUAGUAAAAUUGCUAUGUAAAAGGUAAUAUGUUAAACACCAGAACGAUGUUCUAAUAGCUACCCUAUCAAGAAUUAUUGUGUUUUAUAUUUGUGACAUUUUCAUCCUAAUUUGAUACUGUAUUUUUGUUAUACUUCAAUGUAUAAUCCUUUUUAGAUACAACAUGGUGUCAGAUUUUAUGUUGUAUCACGUGCCAGACAUUACCGGGCUGAUUGACCAGUGCUAACAGGACAUGGAAUGAAUAACGUAGAAACGGGUGUCCAGUUGUUUUUUUUUUUAAAUCGUUGGAUCUGGAAGUGGAGAACAUGAUGAACGAAUCGUUGAACAUGAUGAUGGACCAGUCUUAGGAAAUUAUGAUGAAUCAAUUAAAGGACAAUAAAUACUUUUUAAAUGCUGACAAAACUAAAAUGCCUCAACACUUUUAUUAUGGAGAUCGACGCUCUCAGAUUAUUCUCACACGACUUCGAACGAAAUGUAGUUUAUUAAAUCAGCAUCUGUUUCAUAAGAACAUUGUUAUUUCUCCACUUUGUAGUUGUGGUCUAAUCGAGGACAAUCAUUAUUUCUUGUUUGUCUGCGUUAUAACCAACAAAGAGCAGAACUCUUCGACACUUUGUCCCCUAUUUCUUCUGUCGAUCUUCGUACUAUACUUAAUGGAGACGUCUCGAAAGACUUUCAAACUAAUGUAAUGAUACUUAAUGCAGUGUUUAGGUUUAUUGAUCGUAGCGAUCGUUUUCGUUAGGUACAUUCUUCCUCAGCUGGACUAGUAUUAAACUUCAUUGUUUUGGCUUCUAAAAAGGCUCAUUUUUAAUCCAAAUGACAUCCAAAUAGCUGUAAAAAGCGAGAGCAAUGGUCACCCCCGUGAUAAAAUCAAUAAGAGUUGAUUUACCUUUUGACACAAUGCAAAUGAAUACCAAUAUCAAUAAAGUUAACAGUAAUAAUGCCUGUGCAGUCAGACCUUCUUAAGUGUCAUCAACGAUCGCAGUACCUCCCUUGCUGAUAUCUACCGCUAGAGCAAAAACCACGCAUAUGGUAAUGUCAUUGCUGUUAGUCACUGACGUCCGCAGCAAUUAAAGAUAUAUCAUAUGUAGCAGUACUGUCAAGAACGGAUGUGUCGCCAACGUCAAAAACGGAUGUAUCGCUACUAUAAAUAAAAGAUGUGCAUAUACCACCAGAAAUACAUGACCGCUAAACUUUCAACUUGCUUUGUGGUUUUUGACAAACAACCUUCGAUAAUACUUGAACUGUCUGUACUGAAGUAUUUUAAAUAUUAUCCAGCCUGAGACCCGCCAUGUGUGACUGAGGUAAAACGGUAGCCGUCGACAGCAGAAGAAAUUUGACGGAUACAACCAGCAGACCUUUCGAACAUGUGUCAAAUUAAGGAAGCAUAGUUCCGAGGCAUGCACAUUACACUGAAACUUAAAGACGAGUCUCAUCAAGAGCAUCUGAUGAAAUAUUGUGCAGAAAAGUAAGAUGUCAAAGAAGUUUUUCUACUGUGAUAUAAAAAUACGAUAUUUA